UUCCACCGCACAACCUCCCAAAGGGCGCCUUUGUGUUGAUCUAAUCUCUCAAAAACAGGGAUCGCCUUCGCUGUGCGACAGUUAAAAAGGCCGGAGAAGGGAGGGAGACGAAAGCCUGCAUGAGCGAACCUCCCGCCCGUACACUUUUGAUAUAAAUAUUCGGCCUGCUGUCAAAAACGGCGAGAACGAAGAAAAGGAAAGCACGAAAAAUAUCGGCAAACAUAGCAGGAGGAGGAGGAGGAAAAAAGUGAUUUCGUGCAAUAAAAUUUCAACAAAAGCUUACAUCCGGUCCGGACCAACGCGGCGGCGUGCGAUACAGCCCGGACGGGGGAAAAAAGAUAGCCAGUGCGUGCGUGCGUGCGUGUGUAGUUCGACGGUGAAGGUUUGUUGCACGGUGCCCGAGUUCCUCAGCCAAGUUGGAUCCCAACAAAAUGGACAGUCCGUGUGAGUCGGAGAGCUCACUCGACGGGGGAGCGAUGCUCCCGCCGAGCCCGGUGUCGCGGGAGCAGCUGCAAAAGCGCAUCGAAAGUCUCACGCAACAGAACAAGGUUCUGAAGGUAGAGCUAGAAACGUAUAAAAUUCGUGUAAAAGUCAUCCAGGAGGAGAACCGUGCCCUGCGCCAAGCGUCAGUUAUCAUCCAAGCGAAAGCGGAGCAGGAGGAGGAGUACAUCUCGAACACGCUGCUCAAGAAAAUACAGGCGCUGAAGAAGGAGAAGGAAACGCUGGCGCACCAUUACGAGCGCGAGGAGGAGUGCCUCACGAACGAUCUGUCCCGCAAGCUCGACCAGCUGCGGCAGGAAAAGUGCAAGCUGGAGCAAACGCUCGAGCAGGAGCAGGAGUGUUUGGUGAACAAGCUGAUGCGCAAGAUCGAGAAGCUCGAGGCGGAAACGUCCGCCAAGCAGAACCAUCUCGAGCAGCUGCGGCGCGAGAUGGUCGAGCUGGAGAACACGCUCGAGCAGGAGCAGGAAGCGCUGGUGAACAAGCUGUGGAAGCGCAUGGACAAGCUGGAGGCGGAAAAGCGCUCGCUGCAGAUCAAGCUGGAUCAGCCGGUGUCCGACCCGACCAGCCCGAAAGAGAUCAGCCAUCAUCGCAACGAGAAUGGCAACGACACGGCCACCCAGCUGACCGCACACAUCACCAACCUGCGCUCGGAGGUGGACCAGCUGCGCAGCAACCUGGCGGCGGCCGAGAAGGAAAGCAAGGAAAAGACGCAACAGUUUGCGCACGAGGAGAAGUGCAUACGCGAUGAAAACAAGCGGCUGCAGCGCAAGCUGCAGCAGGAGGUGGAACGCCGCGAAGCCCUCUCCCGGCACCUGUCCGAGUCGGAAUCGUCGCUCGAGUUCGAGGACGAGCGGCUGUUCAAUGAGAACGUCUCGGCACUGGCCAGCCAGCGCCCGAUCAGCCCGGGCGGGCUGACGCGCUGCAUCACUUGCGGGCAGCUGGUGAGCCGGCGGGCCAGUGAGCGGUUUAUCAAGCCGGCCAUACCGCACGGACUGAACACGUCGGCACCGAAUGUGCUUUCCUCGCAUCACUCCACCGGCGGCGGCGGUGGUGGUAAUCUGUUCCCACUGCUCGGUGGCGGAAGCGGUGGCAGCACCGGCGGCGGCGGCGUUGGUGCCGGCUCGCUCAACAGUAGCAUCGGUUCGUCCGCCUCGAACAACACUAGCAGUAAUAUCUCGUUCACCGGCAAUACGUCCUUCGUGCAACCGGCCAGCCCAAUGGAUACCUCGAUGUGCAAGGAUUAAACUGUCUGCGACUGUGUCGCUCGCGCGCAGAACAGAGAACCAGGUUGGUAGCAGCAGCAGCAGCAGCCCGUUCUUUCCCUUUUCCUUUUUAUCGUAAGCCGGGGAAGCCCAACAGUCCUCGGCACACCGUGUGCGGAUAUAGGAAGCACACUUGAAACUGAAGCUUAGCUUUUUCGUCCUUCAAACGCCGAUCGUCGUCAUAGCAGCAGCAUCGUUACAGGGUUUGCUGCUACACGACUGAACCGUGUCCGAUGUGCAACCAUACGCUUUUCCUCUAAAACCCGUUUGCCGCAAAACGACAUUACGAUCGUGUAUCGUGAGGAAUGGUAAAAAAGUAAAACAAAACGCUGCCUCUAUAAAUAUGCAUACACGCUUUUCCAAAGCGGAUAAAGAUCAGUUAGAAGUUAGCGAUCGCGGCACACAACCCAGCAGCAGCAGCAGCAGUAGCAGCAGACGAAGAAGAAGAAACCCCUCCAAGGCACGAUCUUAUGCAGAGUGAAUGUAUAAUUCGUUCACGCUUUUUCUAUUCUUAUACUUUUAUUUUGGGUUUUUUUUUGGAGGGAAUUUAUAGAAGAAAUCAUUCAGUUCGGCAAACAGUUCGUAACGGACAGCUGUUGGUGGGAUCGGUUGGGUGUGCAAGAGAGAGAGAGAGAGAGAGAGAGAGAGAGAGAGAGAGAGAGAGAGAGAGAGAGAGAGAGAGAGAGAGAGAGAGAGAGCGAGAGAGCGAGAGAGAGAGAGAGAGAGAGAGAGAGAGAGAGAGAGAGAGAGAGAGAGAGAGAGAGAGAGAGAGAGAGAGAGAGAGAGAGAGAGGGAGAGAGAGAGAGCUAGUACGUAAUUAAGAAAAUCAACAAGGACAUACAAAAAAGGUUUAAAAACACGUAAUAUUUCGGAUACUAAUUAUUGUUAGAGAACACUAGAAGCAGUAAACGCAAGUUGUUCGCAGUUCGCAAGUUGUUCGCAUUCAUACAGGAUGGAAAAUGUUCCUCGCUCGCAAAGGAACCUCUUCUUAGCGCCGUAUCGCGUACGAUGAAAAUGAAAGAGACAGAGAGAGAUAGAGAGAGGGAGCAAGAGAGAGUGUUUGUGGAGGUUUGCGACUAACCAUGAAACAGGUGAAUGUGCGCUCGCACUCAACACGUGCUUCAGAGUAGCUAAUCUAGCUAAAGACAGAAAGGAAAAGAAGCAAAGGGAAUUUAAAAGCGAAGUUGAGCAGCGCAGAAGCGAUAAUUUUGGAACUGGAAUGGGAUGUUCGAAGUGAUAAUAGUAGUGGAAUUAUUUUAAGCAACAAAAAAAACCAACACGUUCGUUCUGUUACUAGUUGUCAUAAAGCGUUGGAGAACGGUUGGAUGAUGAUCGGAUCAUUUCUACCCCGUCGGAGGGGGUCGCCCCAAUCGAAUGGCACGAAACUAGCAACAUAUACCGAAUUUGUGAAUGGUUAACGCAGGGGGGAGUAUAGUUUCUCGAUGAGUUUGGCGAGGGGAAACAAAAAGCCAGCAUAUAGCUAGAACAUUGAAGGAAGCGUAACGCAAAAGUACUUAUAGCAUAACCGAUAGGAAGCGGGAUUCGUGAUCAUCGUGCACAGACGAAUGGGAUAGAAUACGUGAAAAUCCUAUUUUUAUGUUUCGUGCGUUCAUUUUCAUCAUAAACUAAACACAGAGCUCAAUAUGAGAAGAGAUACAGAGAGAGAGUAGGAAUAGAAAACCCGUUCAAUAUGAAAUGAGCAGUAUCAGCAAACCUAUUCGUUCUCACAUCAAGAGAAAAAAUUUGCCGUUUAGACAGCCACUAUUCAGCAGAACCCAGUUGACAAAAGUGUUUUGUCCGUCUCUCUCUUUUUCUUUCUCUCGCCGCAUUCGCUGACUCUCUUUCACACGAUCCUACACGCUACACGAUGGAAGUGUAGGGAAGUAGGGAUAAAGCACCGGAAAUUAUGAUAAAACCAACGAAUAGAACAGAAAAGAAAAACACGACACAACGUCACUGCAUUAUAGAUGUUCCCAUCAGCGCCACCAUGAAUGGAGUGCACACAAAAACCACAAACAUAGCAUAUAAAACACAGCAAACGUCUUAGGCUAAUAUAGUCAACAACAGUCAGGGUAUCAGUUAGUCAGGGGAGUGUAUACUAAAGGUUGCAAAACUAUUAGGACUGCAUUUCAACAAACCCUACAGAACGCUCACUCCAUUCACGAAACACACUCAAAAUAGUUCCCUUCUUCUCUCACAUCAACUGUUGUUGCCCGCUGUUACACGUUAGUGUUGCGUAGUAUAGAUAACCGAAGCUGCGAAAUUUAUCACCCCCAUCCCGGCAAGGAUCAUACAUGAUCCAUCCUUACUAAUGCUGAAUGUCCAAUCAAAACAAUGAUCGUGGGUGUAAAUUGUAAAUGUUCUGUGUGUAUGUAUAUGUCAGUGCACAUUAUGGAGACAGAGAGGCAAAAAAAACGGGAGAGAGUAACAACCGAUACAUUAUUUAGCAGAACAAAGGUGGGCAUUAAAAAUAGGCAAAUGCAGCGAGUUGCUGUAUGUUUAGGAUGAAAUGCAAUCUAAUGAUGAUGGUAACGCAAAGGCAAGGACGUUCACGUGGCAGGAGCUAUUGCGAGAGAAAGGAAUCCUAGAAUUACAUACGCAAACACUAUUUACAAAUAUCUAUCAAACAAGACAUGUUUAGCUAACACACUUCUUAAUCGGAUAUUCUUCUUGUUCUAUUUGCGUAUGUGUGUGAUCUGGUGUUUGAUUAUAAUCGAUUUAUUUGUCCUUUUUUUUCUUCGAUGCAUUAUCAUUCAUUAUACUUACCUGUUUACUCCACCCCACCAAUACCGGGAAACGAGUAUCCCUGCGUUUAGUCAGACUGAUCGUUGUUGUUUCCAACUUCUAUUGCCUUAUUAACUCGUAACGCUCGUUGAUUUUUUUACGCUUGCGCGGCUGUUUUUCUUUGGAAGACGCGAGAAACGACAAACUCGUUAGGUAGAGCGUGCCCAACCCCGGCUGGUACCACCCUGAUUGUAGGACAUACCAGGCAAACAGACAGACAGAUAAAGAUAGACAGGAGGGAGUAGAAAGCGUACAUACUGUGUUCGGCAUCGUUUCGGCCAUAAAUGUGAUUCCUGUGUGGAGGAAAGCUAUUAAAAUUAAAGUUAAAAUUAUGUACACUGUAAAGGUGGAAGUGGUGGAAAAAGCGAACCCGCACGCUCUGUGUAGGUGAGCGUGAAACUAAGACAUACACCACUGGACCGCACGUCAGUUAGGUAGGGGAGGAGAAAGGGUAAUGUUUCGAUCCUCGUUCCGGAGAAAAAGUUAUUAAGCACAUGGUGUAUGUGUGUGUGUGUGUGGGUGCGUUGGUAUGGGAAGGAUAUUUGGUUUGAAUUUUGCCACCGUUGCGUGUGCCCCACUUCUCUUAACAAGCGAGCAGAACCAGGCAUAUAAGCAGGGAUCGAUCGGGGCGCAAUGGCAGAAUUUCUACAUUAUAUUAAGAAAGCAGCUUACUGUGUAACCAUUCUUAUCUUUAUUAUUACAUUAUCCUUAUUAUAUUAUGACAUGUAUUGAUAUAUUAUUUUCCAAAACUGCAACAAGACGAAUGAAAAAUAAAUAAUGGUAAAUAAUGUG